CUCAGAGCAGGCAGUCAGCCAUGAACUCCAAGCAGGCAGCAAUCAUUCGUCCAUGUAUGCCUUCCCUAUGAUCCAGUUGAGGAGCGUCGAUUAGUGGAGUACUCGAAAUUAAUGCUCAGGGGAGUGCUUAAUCUCUAAGCACAAAGUAAAAUAACUCAACGAAGGAAUAUUGCAAAAGUUACUGUGAAACCAUAAUAAUGGAGCAUCAAGACGACAUAUUUGCUAAUUCCUCCCAACACGUUCUCUUUAGAGACCAACCCAAGAGUGCGGAAAGUGGGGGUUCAACGAAGAGCUGGUUCGGACUCGUAUGAGGUUGUCCGGGGGGAGCCGAUCCAUCUCCAGUUCCCCCGCGACUUGUUCUGGGCCGAAGAUUACAUCGAACUAAGUCUGAGACAUUGCGACUCGCGGUACUGGCACUAUCCGGAAAACCGAAUCCAUGCUUGCCCAAAGCAUAAUUUGUUCGCCGAGCGAGAGAACGAGGAGGCUAGGAGGUAUCCCUUGAAAGUGCUGGAACAUCCUAGUGACCAAAUGUCGUGUCGAGUUGAUCUAGCAUCUUUCAUGUUCAACAUGAAUGGAUUGGUCAACAAGGAGAACUUGGUGCUCCAAUUUGCUUGUUGUGGACGAGAAAGUCAUAAUAUGGGGGACGACUCUGAAGCGCGAACCUGGGCGCUUCAUAUCAAUGGAACUACUCAGGGGCGUUUAUUUGAGACCAAAUUGGAGCUUCAGGUGUAUACCACCUUAAGGAACCGAGGGGAUAUAACACGUAAGAGGAAAUUGAAUCAGUCCACUAUCAAGGAAGAAGUCGACUUGGACGAUGAGGAGAUCCGAAUCCGUUACAAGGCGCUUAAGCAAGAAGAGUUGGAACGUGAUCUUAAAAAUGCCCCUGCAAGUUUCUUGCUGUAUGUACUUGAAAAGCAUGGCAGGAUGUUCAGCCACUAAACAGUGGUUGUCCAGCUCAGGGGUCCGCAAUCACUUUGACGGCAAGGCCUAUUGGGACAUUGAAGUAGCCGUUGCACGAUGAUGUCAGCACAAAAUUUGGGAGGCGACUGGGGUACUUUUCAAUACAGAAGAGGCACUAAUAAAAACAAGAUACGAAUCUCAAUAUGAAAUAUGAGACCAAAAAAAUUUCUAAGGUGUCAAAAAACAUAAAGUAAGAAUGGAAAUUCUAAAAUACGAAAAAUAUAGCGAAAAACAGUUAAUGAGUGAAACCGAGACAGUUUAUUAAAAUACAAUGCUACAUGAACCAUUCCUUUAAUGGACAAAAGAACUGAAACUUUAAUUUAACCCUUUAACAAAGAGCUAAUAAGCCUCAAAAGGACGAGCGAGCUCUCAAAAUUUGAAGAUGAUGUCAUCUUCCUUUCCUGCUUCAAUGUCUCCCCCAGUCUCUCAAAUUAGACGCCAAGUCUCUCGAGUCAAAAAUGUUGCUUUAGAUUGUUGCUUUAGAUCCUGGUAGUUGAAUGAGUUCCAGUUUCUUCAUGCAAACUCUAGGGGCUGCAAUAGUCAUUUGACACUAGAUCUUGACACGUCCCUUAGCUGGAUCACACUGACUGCCGACCCCUGAAUUCUUCAUACCCAUGGGUUUUGAAAUCUUCAUCUUGAUAAUGCUGUCCUAAGUCUAAGGCGAAAGAAUCAUGCAUAUUGUACAUUCAUACACCCACACAAUUUUUGAUUAACUUUUUUCAAAACCCAAGCAAAAAUCCAUUGCCCACCCGAAUAAAUGAAAAUGCAUCCGGCAUUGAAGUGUACACAGCUUCAAGUGUCUGGAUGGGUUCUUCUUCUACAUUUUGCCAUGUUUCCUCAUGUGAACAAUAACUUGGAGGUAAUUUACCUACCUCUUCCUCAUCUUCAGCUCCAUCUUUUUGUGAAUAAACGAACAUGAAAUAUCUUGCAAA